GAGAGAAUUAGAAGUGUUCUCAACUUCUCGCCUCAAACAAUGGCUCAAGAAAAAGCGUUUGUUCAUUGUAGUGCAUUCUAGUGAGAGAAUGAGAUUAGUUCAUUCUAAUGCAUUCUAGCAAGAGAAUUAGAAUUGUUAUUUUGUUUCUUUCACUACUCUCUCUGUGUGAAUUGUUAGUGGCUUUCCUUUGGUUAGAAUUAUCAGAAACCGUCUAAGGCUCUUUCCAUGACAUUUCCAUUUUCCAUGCAUUUUAUGCUUCCUAAAUGUUUAUGAAUAAUUGGAUUCUCUUUCUUUCUGUCUCUCUCUAUGCUUGUUAUCUCUGAGUAAGUCCUCUAUUAUCCAUAGUUUUUCUCACUUUUUUCUCUUCUCUCUGUGAAUAAGGUUCCACUAGUUAGAAUUUUCAGAAACAGUUAAGGCGAAUUCACCUCUCAUUUCUCAAUUCUGAUUGUAAUGAACUAGGAUUCACCUCCCCAUUGUUGAGGCUGCCAAAACACUUAGAACCCACCUCUUCAUUCCUCAGAAGAAGGGCAUGGCUUCUGACUUCACCUUUCCAUUGUUAAGGAUCCCUAAACACGAAUAACUCACUUAUUCAUUGCUAAGGCUCUUAAGCACUUACAAUUCACCUCUCCAUUUCUUCUUCUUCUUCUGGUAUUUUUUAGCUUCUUGGGCAUCUGUAGAGACUCUUUGCACUAUAGAUUUGACCAACAUGGGAGGUUUGGGAGCUAAGAUUAGUUCGAUUGUAGUGUUGGUUGGAUUGAUUGCAAAAUUUUCCCCAAUACAAAUAAGGCACGCCUUUGAUCGAGUUAUCCAUCGUUUCAUCCGUUCCCAUUACAGACAUGCUUGUAUCAUUAUUGAAGAGAUCGAUUCUGAUGGUUAUUAUUGUGAGGAAUUCAGUUUAGUUCAAACCUACAUUACCUCUCAACUCUGCAAAUCAGUUCAUGUUGUCAAGUUAAUUCGGGGUAGGAACCCCCAAGCUUUUUCAUUAGAUGUCCAAACUAACCAGACUAUUAGGGACCAAUAUGAGAAAAUGUGGGUGCAAUGGAAACUUUGUUCCAGUGGUCCUUCAAGGCAAGAGAAAAGGUAUUUUGAGCUUAUGUUUCAUAAGGAUUACCAUGAUCUUGCACUUGAAUUUUAUAUCCCAUAUGUGUUUGAGAAGGGAGCUGAAGUUCAAGGAGCGAAGAGAGUGUUGUGUACCAAUAGAUCGAUGAAUGGUGAUGGCGGUUUAUGGUCCACUGUGGAUUUUCAUCUUCCUUCUACGUUCGAUACGAUAGCCGUGAAUAAUGAGGUAAAGAAUAGUUUGAAGAAAGAUUUGGUGAAGUUUAGCGAAGCAAAGGAGUUGUAUGUGGAGGCAGGUAGAGCAUGGAAGAGGAGUUAUUUGAUCCAUGGACCAUCGGGAACGGGAAAGACUACCUUAGUUGCUGCAAUUGCCAAUGAGUUGUGCUUUAAUCUCUAUGAUAUAGACUUGGGUAGUGUACAUAAUAAUUUUCAUUUGAGGAAACUUCUCAUAUCCACGAGGGAGAGGUCAGUGAUUGUUUUCGAGGAUAUUGACAAAUGGGUUGUUAAGAGAGAGGGAGCAGAGAAUCAGAGAGUCGAAGAAGGUUAUAUUAUACAAAAAAUUGGAGGAGGGGAGGCUUUGAUCACCAUGACUGGGCUUUUGAAUUUGAUAGAUGGAUUGUGGUCUUCUUGUUUCCUAUGUGAGAAGGUAAUGGUGUUUACAGCUACAAAUAUAGAAAAUUUGGACCCCUCAUUAUUGAGGCCCGGCAGGAUGGACAUGCACAUGACCCUAACUUACACUCGACCUUUGGACUUUGAGGCACUCACAAAUAAAUAUUUCGAUUUGGAGAAUGAUGAGAUUGAAGUUAGUAUUAGAACCAACAUGCAGAAGAUUAAGGACUUGCUCAACAAUUUGAAUAUCAUACCUGCUGAGAUAGCUGAAGUGUUUAUGCGGUACAGUGGUGAUCCUGCAAAAGCUAUGGAGAUGUUGAUGUGGAAAUUGAAUGGGACCAUUGUUUGAAAGUGCACAGUAUCACAAGAGUACAUAGUUACAAAAUAUUCUUGAUUAGUGACUGGAAUACUGGAUCACAGUGAACUUCUUGUGUCUGAUGUACACAUCUUUUUUGUGUGAUAUUUUGGGCUUGGAACUAUACUAGUUUUCCUAUGAACCACUCCCAUUCUAAACAUCAUCUUUUGGGUUUUGUUUUCAUAAAAGAAUUCUUAUGCUACUAGACAUUAAGAAAAAUAUUUAUGUUGCCAAUGGCCCUGUUUUGUACUACUUUGGAAAGAAUGUGCAUGUGCUAUGUGCUCUGCAGUUAAGUUCUUAUUUGAGUUUCCUUCAUGAGUUGAUGGGGUUGUAUAAACUGGAUUGUUUGUUUUGAAGGAAGGUUUCAUAGAAUAUACUCCAUGUAAACAUUGUUUGAGUUGCAUUAUGCUAAAAUGCCUCCUUAGUUUAAUUUCACGUGAAAAUUUACAUAUUGAAUAGCUAGAGUUUUCACCCAUAGUGGUAUAUGCUUCCUUAGAUACUAUAAGAAUUCAUAUUCAUGUACUAUAAAAGGUUUUAGAAAACUUCAUGGGUUAAAGGACCAAGCUUGAUUUGAAAAAUGAAACUUCAGUUCUGUAGUAAUAUUUUGCAGACUGCAUUUUCAUGCCAAGUCUGUUCUUCAGAAAUUUUCUGUAUCUUCCUGUAUUUUCAUGCACAAAAAAAAAAAUGAAAAUAUCUUAAUGAUUGUUGGGAUUCUCAUUUACUUUCCAAAUUUGUAUCAGUUGUAGUCGUUUGGGGAAUAGGGGAUAUGAAUUGUAUUGGUUUAGGGGAAUUAUUCUUGGAUUCUUCAUUCUUUAUUUUGAUUAUAGAAGAACUUCUAAUAUUGUAAUCAAGAUCUUGCAGUAUUUUUUUUUUUUCUUUAAAGAAGUAGAAGCAAGACAAGAAAGGAUAAGUGUAGCUAAGAUGAGGAUGUUGAGAUGGAUGAGUAGCAAGACAAGAUAAGAUAGAAUUUGGGAUGAAUACAUACAAGGGAACUUAGGUGUAGCUUCAAUAGGCGAUAAGAUGAGCGAAAGUAGACUUAGGCGACCUGGCCAUGUGCAGCGUAGAUCUAACAUAUAACCAGUUAGGAGGUGUAAUUUGGUUCAAACUCUAAAAAGUAAAAAAGAAGACCCAAAAGGAUAUGGAUGGAAGUAGUGAGAAAAUAUAUGGUGGUUUUUGGUCUCAUUGAGGGUAUGGCUUUUGAUAGAAAAAAAUGGAAGAACAGGAUUCAUGUAAGUAACCUCAAAUUGGAAACAGGCUUGGAUGAUGAUGAUGAUGAAAGAAGUAGGAGAAAGGGGAGAGAAGUAUGAGAGGAAGAUGGGGUUGUUGUUUACUGUUGUAUUUGGAUAAGGUUGCUGCAUGUAAUGGUGGGUUUAGCAGCCAUCUGAGAUGAAUUGAUCCCGCCAUCAAUGUGCCCCUCAACAGUAAUGUCUUCCAAGUCCCAACUGGGUAAAAUGCUCCUCAUCAAGUUUUUUCAUGCCAUGUCUUUGUUUGAACUCUCUCUCUCAUGGAUCACCCAGAGUCUGUUUGAAUACCGUGCUCUAUUGACCUGCAAAGGUGAGCACCGGUGUCAUUCUGGGUUUAUUACAGAUGAAAGUAUCAUGCUGAUGGAAUCAUUACAAACUAGAGCUUUACCAUUUACUUCUGAUUAUAUUCAUCACUGCACCAUCACGAACAUGAAGGUUUGUACUAAUUUCUGAUUCAACUUCCUAGCCAACAUAAAUUGUUGUUACUAUCUGUAGAAUAUUUAUUUCUUGAAAAUCAUUUUGAAUUUGAAAUAUUCUGUACUGUUGAAUUUGUUUGUCUCUUUAAAAUUUUGUUAUUCUU